AUGGAAUUGAUACAAGGGCUUAUACAACCCCCCAAGGUCCAAACUGUAGAUGACACAAUUCCUACUUUAUGCGAUCGAGUUGAGAAUGCCACCUUGCUCAGUGACAGAAGAUCGGCAGUAUUGGGCCUCAAGUCGUUCAGCAGAAGUUAUAGGGAAACGGUAAUUGCUUCUGGUCUCAAACCGUUGAUCACUACGCUUAAGAAAGAUGCAGAGGAUGAAGAUUCGGUGAAAGCUAUUCUAGAGACGUUAUUGAUCUUAUUUAUACGUGGUGAAGGCAAUGCGGAUUUGACACGCAAUUGGAUUUCGCAAGAAUCCAGGGUUAGAAAUGGGAAAUAUCCUUCCCCACUCGUCAUGAAGCAAGAACAACUUGAAAACGAGUCGGUGGACCAGUUUUCGCUUUGGAUCGCAGAUUUCAUGACCCAAACGGACGAAUUGGUGCAUUUGUUCGUGCGUCUGCUGGAAGUUGAAAACUUCCACAUAAAGCUGUACACGAUUCAACUUUUGGAGGCUUUCAUUGCAUCUCGUGCGUCCAGAACUCGUGAGGCCAUCAUAUCGCUACCGGUUGGGGUCUCCACACUAGUGGGACUGCUAGAAGAUGUCCACGACCCCAUCCGUGACGAAGCUGUUUUACUAUUAAUGGCUCUUGUCAACAACAGCGCACAUAUUCAACACCUGGUCGCAUUUGAGAACAUUUUUGAGAAACUUUUCAAUAUACUGCAGGAGGAAGGUGGUCUUCGCGGGUCCCUAGUGGUCAGCGAUUGUUUAACGUUGAUUUUGAAUAUUUUGAAGUACAACACUUCCAAUCAAAUACUCUUUGUAGAGACCGGCAACCUUCCUCAAAUGGCGAAACUUCUAAAUGAUCCUAUGGAGGGGGAAUUUCAUUGGAAUGAUCAAAGAGUGCUCAACAUAAGAACGGGUUUAACGAUUUUAAUGCUUAGUGUAGAUCCCGACAAUAAUGCUACGCCUAAACAUCAAAAGAUGCUCCUAGAGGCACAUCUGCUCAUGAUAUCAUUGAAACUUGCCCUUUCUCCAACGGUACCGAAUUCGGUACGUCCAUUUGCACUUCUCGCUGCUGCUGACAUGAUUCGAGAUAAUGACAUAGUCCAAUCCGAACUCCAAAAAAUUGAUGUUCCAUCAUUCGACCCCAGCACUACUACGCGAGUUGCAGACGAAACCAGACUGGUGUCUGUGAUUGAGCUGGUGAUGAAUUGGUGUUUUUUUGCCAAUUCUAUUCAUACUUUUGAGAUCAGACGAGCCUCUUCAGAGCUCGUCAAAGCAUACCUAAAGAACAAUCAAAGUUUGCAACUGAGAUUUGUUACAGAACAAAUAAACAUCUAUGAAAAGUCAGACCAUCUAGACGAUGAUGCUGACGCAGGUCACUUUAUGGCUGGAAUUUUCAACGUCAUUUUGGAGUACGACCCCGACCUAAAGCUUAAUCCCUACAAACUCUACUUUGCAUCGGAUCUGUUAUUUUUUCUUCUACAAGGAGACUCAGAACCUCAAAUCAGAGAAAUUAUCGGAGGGAUCGAAUGCAAAGGCUUUGAAUCAAUGGACGAGGUUGGCGAAACAAUGAGUCCAGUGCAGACGAUUCUAGAGCUAUUACUUACUUCGCUUACUUUGGAAGACUCAAGAGUAUCUAUAUCGUACUUAUGCCUUUUGAUAUACUGGCUCUUUGACGAUCCUACCGCCGUGAAUUCAUUUCUUUCUGAUAAGACAGUGCUCCAAUCAUUAAUUGCUUACACUUCUCAGAUGAAAGAAGACGAUGUGACUGUUAAUUGCUUGGUUUCGGUCCUCUUAGGGGUUUCUUAUGAGUUCUCAUCGAAACAAAGUAAAGUAACUCGAGCUGAAUACUAUGAACUUUUGGUAAAAAGUGUUGGAGUCAAUAACUACAUGUCAAAAAUAAGACAGCUUCAGGAAAACUCCCUUUUCACCGACUCUGAGACGGAGGAAAACUUUCUCGGCGCUUUCGAGACCGAUUCCACCGGAUUACCAAAAAUAUACUUCAGUCCAUUCUUCACAAGACUUCUGAGAGAAAACUUCUAUCAAAUCCAAACUGCUUUGAAAAGAGGGCCAACAUAUGAAAGCGUUGUCAAAGUCUCUUUUGAAUCCUUCGAGGACCUUCGCCAGGAAAAAGUUGAAUUGGAAGAAGAGCUUUCUAAGCUGGAGAAAGAGUCGAAAAAGGGGAUCGAGGAAAUCCAAGCUUCGUUGCAGGAAGCUGCGAAGCAAUUAAAUGAAACGCAGGAGCAAAAUAAGCAACGCGCUUCAGAGUUGACUGAUAAAACCGAGAAGAUUGCCUCUUUUAUAGAGCAAGAAGAAGAGUUGAAGCGCGUUUUGGCAGCUUUGCGAGAAGAACACAAAGAUCUGGUGCAAGAUCGCGACGAAAAAAAAAGUCAGAUAUCUGGCCUCGAAGAAGAAUUAUCAGCUAAGGCUGUCACAAUGCAGAAACUUGAAAAGGAUCUAAAAAGUGCUACGACAGGUCGAAAGUCAGCAGAAGAUGGAAUCAAUAAAAUGAACAGAGAGCUUUUCACGCUAUCUAAAGAGAAUGAUCGGUUGAAAACCGAAUCUUCAAAAGCUACGGCUGAGCUAGAGAGUAAACUCAAAUCUAUGCGUAAUGAUCUGCAAAAGCUAGAAACCAAAAAGAAUUCUUUUGAAGAGGAGCUCGGUAUUACCGCGUUAAAUCUCAAAAAGCUGAGCGAAGAUAAAAAGAAGGCGGAAUUCGAGAGCAAUUCAUUGCAAAAGGAGCAGGCAGAUCUCAAAUCUCGAUUAAAAAAUCAAGAAGAUCUUGUUUCGAAGUUAUCUACCAAGCUUAGAGAGCUGGUUGAAACCUGCAAACAGCUCAGCGAAUCAAAAGCUGAAAAGGAUGCAGAAAUAGAUACUUUAGCGACAAGAAAUCUCGAAGAGGUGUCCAAACUCGAGAAUGAACUUAAAAAUGUUCAAGAUCAAUUGAAGAUCACAGAAGACAAGAAGCAAAGUCUGGGUGAAGAAAUUAAGUCUCUGAACUCCACGAGCAAUGAAAGAGACGAGAAGUAUCGAACAUUGUCUCAACAGAAUGAGGGUUUGACAAGGAGAUUGAAAAUGUAUUCGGACUCUCUUUCGGAAAUUAAAACUUUCUGCAGCGGCCUCAGAAAAGAGGUCUCCAAUAUACCGGUAAGAGAUAGGCUCCUUUACGAGCGCCUUCAACAAUUGCAAGAUGAUAAUGUACAAAAAUUCAAAAAAAUGUUAGGAACAAUGGACGGCUACAAAGCCCAAGUGGUAAGUUCGGAAAACAAAAGAAAAGUUAUUUCGGAGAGCUUUGAAAAGUUGCAAACAGUGAAAUCUGAACUUGAAGCGAGGGUAGAGAAUUCGAAUGCGGAACGAAUUGAGGCAUCCAAUGCCUUAUCAAAGCAGACCACCGACCAUGAAAAACAAAUUCAGAGCAAACUUGAUAAAAUAUCUUCCCUCGAAAGAAAGCUGGCGGAGCUAGAAAAAGAAAGAGACGAAGCUAUGAAAUCUUCCAAAAAGCUUCAAUCUGAAUUGGUGCAUCUGCAAGAAAAAUGCGAAGCGCUCAAAUUGAGCCGCGAAGCACUUUCCAAGAGUUCUAAAGCUUCCGCGUUAAAAGCGGCAAGCAAAGUGUCGAGUUUGGAGAAAAAGUAUGCGCAGCUUUCUGAAGAUUAUGAACGUUGUCAGGUCGAACAGGAGCGCAGUAUAGCUGUAGCGAAGGCUGCAGAAUCGAAUGCUCUUAACCUUGAAAAAAAGAUAGAAGAUGCCAAUGCGAGUUUGCAGGAACAGAAAAGUGUUGCAGACACUGGUGAACUCAAACUUUCUAAGUUUAAAAGCGACCUUGAUGCAGCCCAUUCUGAGGUCGACACGAAAGACGCCGAAUUGAAAAACACCGAAGCAUCGCUCGUUGAAUUAAGAGAUAGUUUCGCGAGUCUGGAAAUUGAACUAGGAAAUUUGAAGACAGCAUCCGAAAAUGAAAAAAGGCAUUUAUCUGAGGAGGUCGAACGGCUCAAGCAUGUAAUGAAGGAAAAAAAGGCCGAGUUAGAGGAAGAAAGAAAGCUUCUCGCGGAAGGAUCUAUGAGCGAUGUUCAAAACUACUUGAAGAAAAUUAGCGAUCUAGAGGCCAAGCUUGAAUCAUUAGAACAUGCCCAUGCAGAAAAACUGGGAAAACACGAGGAAAUCAAGUCAGAACUAGAGAAUCUGCUCAAAAAAUCCAAAGAGCAGGGAUCUGCAAAGGCCAAAGAAUUGGAAGAAGUCAAUCAAAAGCUUGUGAAAGUACUAAACUCACAAGAAGAAAACAAAGUAAGUUACAGGAAGCUGGAGGAGUCACAGCGGCUGGAAAAUGUGGAGGCUGCUAGUCGAACAAAGGAACUCAACUCGACAAUUGAGCAAAAAGAAAAAGAUAUGACCUCACUCAAGCUUUCAUUAUCGACAACGGAAUCCACAGUGGCGAGCCUUAAACAAAAAAUUGCCGAUUAUGUGGCACAGAUUACCAAACUGGAGGAAUCGGAUAAUUCCUUGAAGCUUUGUGUAAAAAGUGCAGAAAAGUCUCUCGAUAAAUCCCAAGCAGCGGCCAACGCUGCAAAAGAUCAGUCUAAUGAACAGAUUCGCCAGCUUGAGGAGAGCAUAAUAGCGAACAAUGUUACCGUCAACAAACUUAAUAGUGAUCUGAAGAUUAAAAACGAAACUCUGGUAUUGCUGGAAAAUCAAAUGAUAGAACUUGUAAAUACCACAGAGGUGCAGCAGCAAAGGCUAAAAAAACUAGAAGAAGUUGAAUCAUCGAAUGUCAACUUGGCCAAGGAACUUGAAUCUACAAAAGAUGAGAACAAAGCUGCAGUAGUUGAAAAUAGGCGGUUGAGGGAAGUCAACGAAUCUCUUUCCGAGAAGCUCAAACGCUGUGAAAAUGAUCAGAAAAACAAGAGCGAUUAUGAUGACAAAGACAAGCUUGCCAAAGAAUUAAGCAUGCAAGUUGAACAUUUAAAACUCGAGGUAAAGGACUGGAAGUCGAAAGCAUCAGACCGCUCUGAGGUUGACGAUUUGAUGCUUCUCGUCUCUGAACUUGACGAAAAGAAUAGCAAAUAUCGCGCUAAGCUCGAGCUAUUGGGGAAUCAUUUCUCCUCGGAUGAGGAGGAGGAAGACGAUGAUACAGCAGGCGAAAGCAAAUGA